AUUUAAUAGAAAUCUAAAUUGAGCCAAGCGACAAAUGAACACAUUGUCUGGAAACGUAAGCCAAGUAAUGGAAUUACAGUUUCUAGAAUAGUUAAGUGGCGGAAAAUUACGCCAAAGUGAUGUCUGAAAAUACGUAAUCAUAUUGUUUGUGAAUAUACGAAAAGAUACAGGAGGUCCGAGAGACGUGCGGAGAAUCGAAUAUCGGAUGAAUGUAAAAGCGUGCUCCGUCAAACAGUUUGCUUGUGGAAUGCUAAAUAAUGGCAAUAGACUUCUUGAUAUUAGCUGUGCUCUUAGUGUCGUUUGUUAUUAACUUCUUGGCUCUGGCUGCCUUUUGGGCGACACCCGGUCUGCGGUCGACGGCCAAUCGCUUUACGAUCAAUCUUCUCAUAAUAAAUCUGACUGGCUGUGUUUUACUAGCACCUACCUUGUUUCUGAGUUGUGGUAGUAGUGGUGUCGAUGGCACGGACGGCAGCGACGAUGGUAUAAGCAAUACAACCGGUUCUAAUGAGUCUGGAUUGAAUCUCUUGUUGGCUGACGAAAACGAUGACAGCAUUGAAUUUUAUUCCAAGUCUGGCAACCAGCAAAUGACAAUUCGGCACAAUGGAAGACUAGUGGAGAAGGAAGGUAUCAUACUAAGGCGAAAUAUCAGCGACGGAUACGAGGAUAACGGUAUUGAUAGUGUGAGAACAAUUGAAACCAUUUAUAAAUGCAAUGCCACUUACUGUCAUGAGCUAACCAUUGACAAAGGGGCUAAAUCUCUCGUAAUCACUGAAAUAGAGGAGGAAAAUGUUGUUAUGCCGCAGAAUUUCGGCCCUGGCAAUGAACGAUUUCAGCACAUGCCAAAUCACCCCCUUUCAUCACGGCCGUGGUCGAUAGAUAUGGCGGCGGCACUGGGUGCCAUGGCAGUUUUGCUAAUAGUGGGCGAUACGUGGUGUGCAGUUACAGAUCCUUUGCGCUAUCACAGCCGCAUAUCGGGAGUAAAGUCGUGGAUAUUGAUAGGGCUGACAUGGACAAUGGGAAUACUUUUUGGUGCUCUAUCAGCUUUUAGAGAAAUUGAUUUCGAGUCUGAAAUAUUUAUAACAAAGGAGAAGCGUGCAGAUCCCGAGACAUCAGUGUUCUUCAAUUCCCAUCCUGCAAGUAACAUUUUCAGCAUUGCCUUUUCUUGUUCCUAUUUCCUGUUAAUAAUAUUACUGCCAUUUUGCUUCGUUUGUGGCAUGUAUUGGCGCAUAAUAACCGAAGCCAGGGAAAAUGGUUUGAGAAUGCGUCAGAAUGGAUCAUCCCCACUUCUGCAAAGUGCAAUAAAUCUUACACAACCUCAUCAGUUCCCCAACAACCUUUAUGUCCAUAGAAAUUCAGUGUCGUCUACUUCAUCCCAAGGAUUACAAAUGAAAAUUGACAAACACCAAACCAAAUGUACGCCACCGAAUCUUCGAAAAAGUCCGAGUGACAAAACAUUGAUUGCGUCAACACGUGGCAAUGCUCUGCCAAAUAACGAGCUACAAAACAUUGUACUAACACUGCGAACGCCAAGUGGCGACAUUGAAAGGGACUUCUCAGCUCGCAAUCUAGAGUGGUUAAUAUCGUCUUCGAAUUCUGUAUAUCGAGAAGGUAGGGGCCAAGGUAUACGUCAGGUGCAUUCAUCGCCAAAUCUCCAAAGAAGUUCUAUGUUGACACACAAUACCCCAUCUGGGACGUGUUCCCCUCAUUUACUCGGAAGUCGUUUGCCCCAAAACAUGCCUUGCAUUCACUCGUUGGCGCAGACGUUUCAGCAGACACUCUCACAUCCCCGUGGAUCACUGCAGUCUCAUCAUCACUCGUUACAGAUACCAUCUAUACACGGUUCGCCAAAGACUCCGAGUUAUAUGUCAUCCCUGCGACACAGACUUUCCAACGCCUCCUCGCUAUUUAAGUACCGCGAGGAAUCGAGAGCUGCACGCAUCAGUGUACUCGUUGUAAUUAUGUUCCUUAUAUCGUACCUGCCAUUCGGCUGCUUGGUUGUGAUACAAAGCAGAUUGGCCUCGGCUAAUUUUCGACAGUCCAACGACCUGGCAAUUUUUAUGAUAUUACUAGCAAUUUUAAGUUCGCCUUUCAUAUUUGCGUAUCGCAUCAAAAGAGUGAGGCGAGGUGUGAAAAGACUGCUGAAUUGUGAUAAUCAGUGCACCAGCAAACAGCUUCAAAGGCACAAUAGUGCCAACAGCCGACUCAGUUCCAAAUUAAAUAGAAACAGUAGUCGAGUAUCUGCGUAUUCUGCCAAGACAGUUGGGCGCUAUCUAACCCCGCAGAGCUCUCUAGUUUGUACCUCUAUAAAUAUGCCUCAAUGA